AGGAACCAGUCGCGCGGGUUGCUGUGUGAAUAACAUUUCGCGGGAGAUUAGCAAGUGGAAAGUGUGUCUGCUGUCAACACGGACAACUGUAACGUUUUACUGAAUCCAUAGCAGAAUGAGUUUGUGGGUGGAUAAAUAUCGUCCGUCGUCCCUCGGGAAACUGGACUUUCACAAAGAGCAGGCGGCUCAGCUCAAAAACCUGGUUCAGUGUGGUGACUUCCCACACUUGUUGGUGUACGGUCCAUCAGGUGCAGGCAAGAAGACCCGCAUCAUGUGUCUGCUGAGGGAGCUCUAUGGUCCUGGGGUGGAAAAGCUUCGCAUUGAGCACCAGACCAUUGUGGCUCCCUCAAAGAAGAAAAUUGAGAUUAACACCAUAGCCAGCAACUAUCACUUGGAAGUAAAUCCAAGUGAUGCAGGGAACCAGGACCGUGUGGUGAUUCAAGAGCUGAUCAAAACUGUGGCACAGUCUCAGCAAAUCCAGUCGAGCACACAGAGAGACUUCAAAGUGGUGUUGCUAACAGAGGUGGACAGACUGACGAAGGAUGCCCAGCACGCUUUGCGUCGGACGAUGGAAAAGUACAUGGCCACCUGCAGACUCAUCCUCUGCUCCACCUCUACUUCCAAAGUCAUCGGGCCAAUUAGGAGCCGCUGUCUGGCGAUUAGAGUUCCUCUGCCGAGCACAGAAGAGGUUUGUAGUGUUCUUACGUCUGUCUGUAAAAAGGAGGGUCUCGUCCUCCCACCUGAGCUGGCCAAGCAAAUCAGCGAAAAAUCUGGUCGCAACCUCCGUAAAGCGCUUUUGAUGUGCGAGGCCUGCCGAGUGCAGCAGUAUCCAUUCUCAGUGGACCAAGACGUCCCGGAGACAGACUGGGAGGUUUAUCUUAGAGAAACGGCUAAUGCCAUCGUCAGCCAGCAGAGUCCUCAAAGGUUGUUGGAGGUCCGAGCCAGACUGUAUGAGCUCCUGACCCACUGCAUCCCUCCUGAGAUUAUCAUGAAGUGUCUGGUGAAGGAGUUGCUUAAUAACUGUGAUGGGCAGCUGAAGACGGAGGUGGCUCACAUUGCAGCCUACUAUGAGCACAGACUACAGCUGGGAAGCAAAGCCAUCUACCACCUGGAGGCGUUCACUGCCAAGUUCAUGGCCAUCUACAAGAAGUUCAUGGAAGAUGGUCUGGAUGCGAUGAUGUUUUGACUUUAAAUGGACUUUAAAUAGACCGAUAUUUUUCUGGUCAGGAGUUUAACAGCUGCGUUUUUGUUUUGUUUUUUUCACAAUACUUUUCUUUGUUGCCUCCACACAACUUUCACUAGACUUGAGACAGGCUUCUGUUCUUUUUAGGUAUUGUGGUGACGCUGACACAGUUUACCCCACAAUAAGUCUUACAGUUUCUGGCUUUAUGUGUAGUUGCCCAAAACCCUCAGCACUAAACGCUGUUAGUAAACUUUGAUCUGUUUGUGUAGUCGUGUAAACUACUAAUAGGGGUGAUGUGAUGACCACCCCGGGAGGGGAAAAAAAUUCACAUUGUAGUGAACAAAACAAUAAAUUGCUUUGAUUACA